UUCUUCUGUCAAAAUGAAAAUUUUGAUUUCCGCGUCCUUGUCGUCUUAGUUGGGAUUUUGCACAGAAAUUCCUUAUAAAAGUGCAGGAAUUUUGUGGUAAUUGUCGUUCGAACUACAAACGGCAUCACAAUGGCCGAUGUUCGUGAUAUUUUGGAUUUGGAGCGCCCGGUCACACCGGAAUUGACCAAAGAAUCGCUGCUUACCAAGAACAAAAAGAUCUAUGAGAAAAAAUUGGCCGUCAAGCGCCCCGAGGGCAUGCAUCGGGAGGUAUUUGCUUUACUAUACAACGAUAACAAGGAUGCCUCACCGUUACUACCCACCGAUACCGGUACCGGUUAUAAACAGGCCAAAGCUCGGUUAGGGAUGAAAAAAGUUCGCCGUUGGGAGUGGGCUCCAUUUGUAAACCCGGCACGCUCCGACGGAGCAGUGUUUCACCACUGGAAGAGAACUUCCGACGAACAGAAGGAAUAUCCGUUCGCCAAGUUCAACAAGCAAUUGGAGAUCCCCAGUUACACUAUGACCGAUUAUAAUGCGCACAUGAAAACGCAUCCCACCAAGUGGACUAAACCGCAAACGGAUCAUUUGUUCGACCUUGCCAAGCGAUUUGAUGUCAGGUUCAUUAUUAUGGCCGACCGCUGGGAUCGCGCCAACUACGGUAGUAAAACAGUUGAGGACUUGAAAGAAAGGUAUUAUGAAGUUGUAGGAAUCCUCAAUAAGGUGCGUGGAAGUCCAGAGAAAAAAAUCUAUCUCUUCGACGCAGAUCAUGAGCGACGAAGAAAAGAACAGCUGAAAAAGCUGUUCGAUCGUACUCCCAAACAAAUUGAAGAGGAACAAAUGCUGUUAAAUGAACUAAAGAAAAUUGAAGCACGCAAAAAAGAGCGUGAGCGUAAAACGCAGGAUUUACAAAAGCUGAUAUCGCAAGCCGAUCAGCAACAAACUGAACAGCAGCAACAACAGGCAAAUGCUCACAAGAAGCAUGACAAGAAACUAAAAAAGAAAAUUCAACAGCAGCCACGGCCGUCUAAAGUAGAUUCGGUUGUUAAUGCAGUGGAAACGGCUGGCAUCAAAUUUACAGAUUUACGAGGUACUGGUGUUUCACUACGAUCUCAAAAGAUGAAACUGCCCGCCAAUGUUGGACAGAAGAAAGCCAAGGCUCUGGAACAGGCUUUGCAGGAGUUCAAAGUCGAUCCGAAUCCGCCACCCAUCGAGGAAAUUUGCGUAGCUUUCAAUGAGCUGCGAUCGGAUAUGGUUUUGCUAUGCGAGUUGAGAACGGCCCUGGCGACGUGUAAUUUCGAGCUGGAAAGUUUAAAACAUCAAUACGAAGCACUCUGCCCCGGAAAAACACUGAACAUUCCGGCAGCGUUGGCCAAUCCAGCCGGCGAAGAUUGCACGAUUGAUGCGCACGAUGUUUCCGGAUUGGUUUAGAGAAAACAAUUGACUAACUAAAUUGUUUAAACAUAUUUUUGAAUUAGGUGAUAAUGCGUAUCUUAGUAUGACUCAAUAAAAAAAUCUCAUUGUAGAUCGAUGAAUGU